AUGUCGAGGCUCCUGAGAGGUAUCUUCUGCGUCAUUGAGACAUUCCACAAGUAUACCAGUGAGGAUGGCAACAGCAAGGCAAGGCUGACCCAGAGAGAGCUGAGGCAGCUCCUGGAGGGGGAGAUUGGGGACUUCCUUCAGCCUCAUAUCUUUCAUGCUGUGGAGAGAAAGCUGAAUCUGCUGGAUACUGACAGAGAUGGCACCAUCAGCUUUGAGGAAUUUCUUCUCGCAAUCUUCAGCCUAUUGAACCUCUUUUAUCUUGACACAUCAUUACUAUAUUCAGAACCAAGACUGGUGUCUAAGUCAGAGAAGAUGGAUGGUGUGGACCUUCGGGCAGCCACCAGAAGCAGUCAGCAGGUAGUAGGGGUGGGACCAACUCAAAAGAGGCUGCUGUUUGCACCAGAAAUGGCAUCGUCAGCUCAGCCUAGCCAUGAAGAUGGUGAGGCAGGUGGGCACAAUAAGAUGAGCCCAUGGGAAGACAUUAAGACCCAAAACCUGCCACAAGAGGUGUCUGAGCCUCAUCACCCUGAGAAUCAACACCCAGAAGAGGAUGGUCAGGAAAUCACACAAGAUGGCGAGGAAGUUGCACAAGAUGUGCCAGCAACAGAAUACGAUGGAGUCCAAUUUCAGAGAAAUAUGCCAGGGGAGGUGUCCAAACAGAGCCACAGUCCAACACAGGUGAUCCCCAAAGAAGAAGGUAGGGCAGUCAGGAAGCAAAGUGACACCAAGGUAAGGGACCAUAUGGCACAGAGGCCAUCUGAAGGUGAGGAACAGGCUACAGAAAAGAGUAAGCAUUCCAUAACACAAGAUCCAUUCCCACAAAAAGAGGACAGAGUCAUUUCGGAGCACACUGACUCACCACUGGAAGCUGCUGCUGGGAAACCACCUCAGACACAGAAAGUCAUCGAGCUUACGGAUGAUAGUAGAAUAUCUGAAACUCAAGAACCAGGAGAGGAUGCUGGCAGACCAUCAACCAGAACCACAAAUUUAGAGAACCUCAAGGGUGAGAGUAGAACAUCGGAGACUCACGGGUUUCCAGCACAAGAAGGAAAACAUGAAACACAGAACCAAUCUGCCGAACGUGGGAGCGAAACAGCUACUCAAGGCAAACGGGAGGAAGAAAGAAACGAACGUGAUAGAAAAGCCAGACCUCCAACACCAGAAGCCCAAACACAGGAUGAGAAGUGUCAAGAGUUUUCAGGACCAUGGAGGGAACCAGGUACCCAAGGGCUAAGCUCAGAAGAAGGAAAUCAGAACUUCCCUGAAAUAAAGGAAGAAUCCGUCUCAGGAACAGAGGCAAGACACAGUGAGAAUGAUGCAGCAGAGGCAUUUUUGAUCCACAAAAGCAGCCCCGAAACUGAAGAGACACUGGGAACAAAAGGAAGGUCCCAGGAGCUGGCCCGACUUGAGAACCCAUCUCAAGGGAAAAAUCACAGGGCCACCAGGAUUCAUGACAAGCCAGUCAGGAAGGAAGAUCACAGUGAGGGGGAUGAUCCUGAGGUAUCAGUUACACAGAGUGACCUGGCUCCAGAGGUAGGCGGCACCAGCUCAGACUCAGGUGAGCCACAGGUGCCAGGGGGUGUGCAGAGUCAGGCAGACACCGCUGGAGACUCUAAGCAAGGGAGUGACGAUAACAAGCCAGAUCCCCAGAAACAGGGAGCACCAGGCAAGAGCCUCAGAGUGAAGAAGGCAGUAGUGUUGUCAAUCCAAGAAGACAGACAGUUCUGGGAGGAACAGGAACAGCCCGCUAGAGAGAAGCAGGAUACUCUAGGGGCAGCUGUGCAGCCCAGGGAAACACAGGAGGUGCAGGAGUUCACAGCAGGAGGUGAAAACAGAAAAUCUCCAGAGGCAGAGGGUUCAGGGGCCCAGUGA